AGGAGGAGCGUGUGAGCGGACUGAAUCGCCGUCGCCUCUUUCGUUGCGGAGAAGGGUCCGGCCGGCAAGAUGGAGAGUGUGUUAUAUCAGCAGCUACCCCAGCAGACAGCCACGCUCCUGAACAUACAGCCUCAAGGGUCAAAGGAAGCCGAGGCCUUUGUGAAAGCCUUCCUAAAGCGCAGCAUGCCUCGGAAGAGCGAUGAAGACAUCCAGGACCACUUAACCCGAAAAGCGGUUGUCCUUGAACACCUGCACAAGAGGAGGAGAAGGCAGAAGAAGAGGAAAGGCAAGGGGUUCUCUGCCAAGCAGAGGAGAGAGAUGAAGCUCUUUGACAUUAAACCAGAGCACCAGAGGUACGAGAUAUUUGUGCCAUUACAUGAGCUGUGGGAGCAGUACAUCAGAGAACUCUGUAACGGGCUGAAGCCGGAAGCGCAGCCACAGAUGAUUCAGGCCAAAUUGCUGAAAGCUGAUCUUCACGGAGCUCUCAUUACAGUGACUAAAUCGAAAUGUCCCUCCUAUGUCGGCAUCACGGGCAUUGUCCUGCAGGAAAUGAAACACGUUUUCAAAAUUAUCACAAGAGAAGACAAGGUGAAAGUCAUCCCAAAGCUCAACAACGUCUUCAGCCUAGAGAUCGAUGGCUUCAUCUCCUACAUCUACGGAAGCAAGAUUCAGUUCCGAGCCAGCGAGCGUUCUGCAAAGAAGUUCAAAGGAAGAGGAACAAUUGACCUGUGAACCUUCUUUCUUUCUUUCUGGAAAUGGGAGCCGCUGAUGUGUUGUUUCCAAGGGAUGGGGAGACUAUUCCUAGCAGUUUGUGCAUCCUGAGACUUGAGUGUAUGUGAAGGGACAACCCUUGUUGUUUUAAACAAGAGGAUUUGAGAAAUGCAUCCGCAUAAAUGAAUGCUCCCGCUAUGUUUCGAACACCUGUUUCUAUCCUUUGUACAUACUUUGUGUUUUAUCGAUGUUAUUAAACCUGUUAAAUAAAUAAAAUCAUUUCCACUAAGCCCCAGGAUCUAAUCUGAUAGUUUGUUUACAGCAAAGUAAACCUUCCAUAACCUCCCAUAAGAUUAUGCAUUUUGCAGUAGCAAAGUGAGUCCUGGUUUGCAUAUCCUUGUAACUAUCCCAAGGAUGACUCAAUAUAUCUUUGCAGUAGGAAAGAACACAUUUGCAGCAAGCAUUUUCUUUUCUUUCUUAAAUAUAUUAUUUUCAAAUUUUUUGUUACAAUUUUUCACAUAUUAAUGCUUUUCCCAAAAUGUCAGAUACAGUAUGAACUUCCUCCCACCGCCAUUCUGAAUUCCAAUUUUCUCCCCUUAUUUUCUUGCAUCUCAUUUUUAUUUUCAAACUCAUAUCCUCUUAUUUGCCUUGA